UGCGGCGCAGGGCGCUGUGUUGAUGACGUGCUCGGGGCGCGCCUGGACUUCAGGCUUCUUCUUCGCCGCCUGGGACGACCUUUGGCCCCGGCUGGUUGCUAGGCGACGGGCGAGGCCUGGACGGACCUGCGGCGACCAUGGAGCCCGACCCCAAGGCCUUCUACGUCCUGAGCAAUCUGGCCGAGGUGGUGGAGCGAAUCCUGGCCUUCCUGCCCACCAAAGCCCUCCUGCGGGCGGCUUGUGUGUGCCGGUUAUGGAGAGAGUGUUCCCGUCGGUUGCUGAGGAAUCGGCAGAGUUUCGCCUGGAUCUCUACAGCUGAAUCAUGUUCAUCCAAUAAUCACGCUCUGGUCCAGGUGUUAGAAGAGGAGCUUGAAAAAGUCCAGGUGCUGCCCCAGAUGGUGUUUUAUAUAGCAGAUGCAGAGACUUUCAGCGGCCACGAAGAGCACUGCCGUGGGCAAAAGAAAGCUCGAAGAAGAAAUAGUAAAGAAACAGCCAUCGCUUUAGAGAAGUUAUUGCCCAAACGAUGCCAAGUCCUUGGAUUGGUGACGCCUGGGACUGUAGUCACCCCAACAGGAUCUCGCAGCGGCCGGCCUCUGGAAGUUGAAGAUGGUGAAGCGGGCUUUGCGUUAUUGUUCCCCAAGAUGGAUGGAGUGAAGAUUCAGACCUUCCACUUUUUUAAAGACCCGAAGUCCAAGGUCAUUGAUGAAAACCAGUUUGCUGAAGCAGGUCUGAAGAACAACCCAGAUCUCAGAGUGGUCCUUCUGUUUGGAUACAACACCUGGAAGUCGGGAGCCACGCGGUUUCUGCACCAGAUAGUCAACCGCUUGAAUGAAAAAAGUAUCAUCUUGGCUGGGGGACACGUGGAUAGCUUUACAUCUCUGACUUCGGAGAAUAACAGUCAGCCUUCCGAAUCCUGUGGCGUUGUCGGCUUGACAUUUAGCGGACCCCAGAUCCAGAGUGCCACCGUUCUGUUAGAUCAGGAUGUAGUCGACGAGAAGACAGCGGAAGCGGCAAUGCAGCGCCUCAAGGCAGCAAGCAUCCCUGAACACAACACCAUCGGCUUCAUGUUCGCCUGUGUCGGCCGGGGAUACCAACAUUACAAAACCAAGCGGAACCUUGAAGCAGACGCCUUCCGCAAGUUUUUCCCCAGCAUUCCACUCUUCGGCUUUUUUGGACACGGGGAAAUCGGAUGCGACCGAAUUGUGACUGGGAAUUUUAUACUCCGGGAAUGUAAUAAUAACAUCAAAGAUGACCUGCUGCAUGGUUACACCACUGUGAUGACCCUCAUCCACCUGGGCUGAGCCAAAACAAACCAAGCUUAAGCCUCUCGUGGUCGGUGUGCCAGCGGAGUCACAGAGCAGCUUCCCAUUCCAGAAGCGUUUAAAAAACAAAACAAAAAAAACUAGGACAGUGUACACAGUUGCCUCCUGAGAGACAAAAGUGACCAUUGUCCUGUUGGUUUCGUGCUUUCUAGCCGGUGUAAAAAUUAGCUUAGGUGAAUGAGGGCUUCUUUUCCCACCGCAUACAAUUUUAAAAUUGCAAAUGUGUCUGUUCUGUAGUAAAAUUUUUAUUUCAUCCCCCC